GAAACAAUUUGCUAAACAUAAACUCAUAAAAGAUAGCAUUUCUCUAGGGUUUUGAAGAAGAUCGAGACGGCGAUGAGUUCGAAUGAGGUUUGGGAGAUAUCUUCUGACGAGGAUGAGCCAGGCAUUCACUGGCUCUCUACACUUCUUGACUGUGGUGAUGAGACUGAGGUGGUUGUCUUGGAAGGAGGCGCUGACGAUAAUGGGAAUUUGAGACCAAAGGAUUUGAAGAAUUCAGAAUUUAAAGAAGAUUUGGACGAUGAUUGCUGUGUUUUGGAGGAUAAUCCAAAUAAACUAGGGGAUGAUGCUGAAGGAGGGCUUGAUAGCUCAGAUGAUCUGGUUAUUACGGGUGAAAAAGGAGAGGUUGCUUGUAGAGACUUUCCCCACCCGAGGCAUCUCUGUGUGAAGUUUCCUUUCUCCUCUACAUCACAUGAGAAAUUUUGUAACAUGUGCCACUGUUAUGUUUGUGACACGCAUGCCCCGUGCUUCCAAUGGUGCACAUGGAACUCAGCUUGUGACCAUUGUCAUGCAACUGAACAUGAUGAGAAAUGGAAGAUGGAGAGAAAAAAUUUCAAGAAGAACGAAGCUUCACCUGCAACAAUGCCAAAGACUUUGGAUACUUCUCUAUCAAUGGCUCCAACCCAUUGCGGUUCGGGCCCUGCUCCCACCUCAUCUCAUUCUACACACUUCAUGUCAAACAUGCCCCAACCUUCACAGAUUCGUCUACCCAAUAGUAGUAGCCCAUAUACUCCUUGCUCAACCAAUAGGUCCACCACACCUUAUGUACUACCCAAGUUCUCUACCAAGCGACGAACGGACAGGGCUGCAUUUGUAUAUGUUGGGAGCAAGACUUCGGAGGAGUUGCUAAACAAGACUCACACACACAGGGAGAGGACAAUAUCUACGCUUUCAAAUCAUCACAAGAGAUUAAAAUCUACCUUUCCUUCAAAUGCUUCUUUAAUGAAUCGAGCCUCUAAUUCUUCUUACAAUAACAACAAUCAGAGGCAUGCUCAAAGGCUUAUAAGCAAUCAUAUUCUUAGUCGAACCAAAGCGCCCCAUGUGAACUCCACUCCUGGUUUUUGUCAAUCCAGGAAUCUCUCUCCACAAAUGUUGCACCCAAAAGAAGUUGGCGUGAAUAACACGCAAAAUUUCAUCGCGGGUUCCAUGCCUAUGAAGAGUUGUUCAUAUCCUAAUGGCCCCAACUCUUGUGACUUGUCGAGCAUAGUGGAUUUCUCAUUUCUAGAUUCGAUUCAACCUCCUACAAGUCCUUCGUCCUGCUCUCCUCAACUCCGAUCUUAUGUGCGUCAACCUCCUUUACCUCAAGCUCAUGGCCAACUUCAGGGCGGCCCAUAUCCAUCAGGGGUUCCAUUGUCCUCAAAUGGCUUCAAUCAGGCACCAUCAAAUUUUGGCUAUGGAGAUCAAAUGAAUAUGCUGUGUCAAACAGAUGUUGUUAACCAGGAAUCCUUGCCCUUGCAAAAUAAUACCCAGCAGCAGCACGAUCCUAAUUUUCAGGAUAUUGGAACUACUUUGAGCCCUUCAGGUUUUCCUCUUGAAGAAUGGGAAUUUCCCAACUCUCCAUUGAUUGAGAACUCGUACCCCGAAAUGGCUUAUGAAUUGCCUCAAUCUCCCACUGGGACCUCCAUGCUCAUAUUUGACUUUGAGACUAAUACGAAUGAGUUCACGAAUAUAGGGUUAUUAUAGGAAUUACUGUUCAAGAAUCAGACCAAAAUCCAGCAACUGAUUUGUUUUGUCGACCUGUUGCUUGAAAUAAUGCUGCUGGUUAUUUGGAGCAGCUGAAAGGUUUCUUGGUUCUUCUAGUGGAGAAAGCAACGAAUGUACAGUUUUUGGUUUCAGCUUUUCCCCCGAGUCCCAAUUAUCUGUUGACCCUGAAUCUAUCUUUGUAUUUAUCUAUUUCUCAAAUGUAUGUAUGCUUCAUGAUCUUAUAUCAAUUGUAUGGUGAAUGCAAAUUUGCCCUUAUUA